AUGCUGGCAGCCGGCCUGGGGGCAGGUCUUCCCCCGCCAGGCUUUCCGCCUGGUUGUGCGUAUGCGCCUGAGGCCGCCGUGCUUCGCUCAGGGGCACCGCAACAGGAAUUUCACUCCGGCGCGGCUCGCGUAGCCCGUGAGCUCCCUUCUGCCUCCCCCGCCGCGUGCCUGCAUAGUCUCGUGAGGCCGCUGCUUCACUCGCGCUGCCUCAGCGACCCCCCGCCGCGCUCGCCGCCGCCGCCCUACUGCCCUGUGCCGCCUCCCUGUUCUCUCGGGUCGCCGCCGCACUCGCCCAGCUUCUUCCUGCUUCCCCCGCCCUUCGCUUCGCCCUGGCUGGGCGACUACGGGGGAGACGCUGUCGACGCUCGCGAACCUUUCUCGACGACGUGGGGGGGUUACCCGUGCGAGAGCGCUGCCGCCAGCGCUACCUCGUCGCUCGCGCCCGUGCCCCGCUGCCUCCUUUCGGGGUCAGCCGCGGCCUCGGCGCGCCCGCCGCGCACCGCCAUGGAUCUCUUCGCGAAGGGAUGCGUCGGCGCAGCGAGGCCGCUGGAGAGCUUCUCCGCUGAGAGCUGCCUCUCGACUCGGCCUGCGUGCAGCCGCGGCCUCGAAGGGGGGCGUGCGCCCGCGGAGGGAGGUAGGGGCGGCCGGGGCGGCAGCGACCCGAUGGAGCCCUUUCGGACGGCGACCGCGAAGCAUUUGAGCGUCGUCGCCAAGCACCUCUCGACGCAGGGCAAGCGGACAUCGCGGACUGCGACGCCGACCGAUUCCCCGAGUUCUUCUGCCUCAUACUCCUCGACUUCCGCCUCCGCGUCGUGCACGCCAUGCCUCUCGUUCUCGCUCAGUGCGUGCUCAGCAGGCCCCCCUGCCGCAGACGCCGCCGCUGCCGCCGCCUCGCUGCUGCGGAGUGGAUCUCCCGCGGCCGCCAAGCGGCGCGGCGUGAUGAGAGACCUCGCUGAGUCGCCGCUUCGCAGCGCAGCCGCUGAAGCAUGGCCCUCCGCGCAGGUUCAAAGUCUCGUGGCGCUCGCAGAGAAGCUCUCCGCUCUGCAGCGCGCCGUCAACGGGCUCGUGCGAGGUCUACAGGGCGGCACGUGCAGCAAUGGGCUCUGCAGCGGCCCCCGAGGAGACGGGGCGACGCCGCAAUCACAUCUGUUCUCUCGCGCUUUUUCUUCGCUUCCCUCCCGCCCCCCGCCCUUUGGCGCCCCGUCGUUUCCAGCGAGCCUUGCCUCCUCGGGCUCUCCUGAGGAAACAGCGCAGCUGGUCAGUGACGUCUCCGUCGCGGUGUCUCGGCUUCUCGCGCACCUUGAAGGCCUGGCGGCCGCUUCCUGGAUAGGCACAGGCGACGCAGCAGAGUCCUCGCUUCGGGACCUUUCUGCCCCCGCGACGCGCGUGUCUUCUUUCCACGGCAGGACGGCGAAGACGGCGGCCGCGCAGGCGAGCAGCGAUGAGCCUGUCGCUCUAUGGCCAGGAGACUGCGGCGCUCCCUCGCUUGAGGGCGGCGUGGAUGCACUCUGGCCGCCGCCGCCGGAGGAUCGCCUGCACUCGGUGGAACGCCUGGUGACGCCUGCCUCAUCCUCUUCGUGGAGCCGCUUUGACUCCGCCGCAGGCCGCGGCAAGUCGCUCGCGAGUGCGUCUCGCGCAGAGGCGCUGCGGCCUGCAGGGGUGGAGUCCGGCGGCGCCGUCGCGAGCCGCGGGCGCCCGCGCCACCGGCUCGCUGGCCGCCGCGCGCCGACCGCGCCCGGGGGCCUGUCGCUUGCGUCUCGAGAGGCGCUGCGAGAGGCGGAGGACGCGCAGCUGGGCAGCCGGAAAAGGGAGGCCAGAGGAGACUCAGGGAGACGCAGAGAGCGAAGAGGAUACAGUGAAGCGGGCGGCAGCGACGCAGAGAUGAACGCGUCUCUCGAGGCAGGCGAGGAUCGCUCCGAGGGGGGGGGCGUGGCAGCCCAAGAGAGAGGCGAAGAGGAAGCGUGCUGCGACGAAGAGGACGCGCAAAGCGGGGGGCGAGCGGAGGAAGAAAGUGAGCAAACGAUUCAAACGGAGACAUUCCUGCGGGCCCUCGCGCUCUGCCUCCCGUAUCUCUCUCUUCAGGACCGCGUCGGAGGCGUCGCGCUGGCGAGCAAGGCGUGCCUGCAGGUGGUGUGGAGCGCGCCGAUUCACUCGGCCGACUUCUGCGCCUCGGGGCGGAAGACGCAUCUGCAGCGCCGCCCGACAACGACGCACUCGCCUCCAGUUGCCUCACGCUUCUCGUCUUCUGCUUCGCUUCCGCGCCUCGCUCAGCCUGCCUCUGCGUGCGCGCCUUCGGUUUCCGACGGCGGGGGGGCUGCGCCCGGCUCUGUGCAGGGCCCGCAGGGGGUCGGGGGCCCUGCCGCUCGGCGCUCGGAUCUCGGCGGCGCGAGUGCGCGCCCUUCCUCCUCGUCCUCCGUCUCCACGCGCAGCGACCGCUCGGCCGCGCAGCCACCGCAGGCCCCUUGCCCUGCGCCGCGCGCCUGCCUGCGGCAAGAUCGCCUCGACUCCGCAAGCCGCGCCUGGUCGUCGUCGUCGAGCGGCUCUCAGGAAGGCGAGACCGGAGGGCGCGGGGCGUGGGCAGGCGCGGGGCCAGCUGCUCCUCUUGUGGAGCCGCUGCCUCACCUGCUUCACGAGAUCGACGGCGAGCAGCUCCUCAUGCUACCGCUCUUUGCGCGCCGCCUCGCGCCGCGGCUGACCCGGCUCCAGUCGCUCUCCGCGUGCGCGGCCUCCGUGCCGCUGAUCAGCUGCCUGGGCGCCACACUGCGCCGCCUCACCGUGGACAAAGCGCAGCCCGCGCAGCAACUGCACAUCCUCCACGCGUGGAUUUGCGCAGCGAGUCGCCGAUGCCCUCGUCUCGCGUCGCUUUCGCUCUUCUGCGACGCGACCGUCGGCUCGCCUUGCAUUUUGGCUCCUUCCGCCUCUCGCGCGUCCCUCUGCUGCUUCUGCUGCAGCUGCUUUUGCCCGGGCGGCGGCGCGGGCCCGUCGGGCUCGCGGCUGGGCGCGGACGCUGUGACCGCGGUCGCGCGGGCCCUUCCGGCGCCACCGGGCCCAACUAGCGGUCGCACGGCCCGCGACCUAGGGCGCGACGGGGACCGGGCGCCGUCGGAGGACGCCGGCAGGGAGAGGGACACGCGGCGGGGCGUGCGAGGCGAGGAGAGACGCAGUCCGCCGCCAGGACGAGACGCAGUUAGUCUUCUUCGAAGUCGCGGAAGGCGAUUGUGCGCGUUGAAGGAGCUGAGGCUGGAAAGCGUCAGCGCAGUCGACGUUUUGCACCUUAUCAGUGAGUGCACGAUGCCCUCGCUGUACCGGCUGGUGGUGAGCACGACUUCGCUUCUUUCUGCCUCGGACUUUAUCAACUUCCUCGACGCGCUCCACCUGCGGAUUCUGAGAGACGCCGGGGCCGACGUGGGGCUCCAGUCGUCUUCCUCUCUGCCUGCGCUCUUGCCAGAGGUCUCCCUCUCCUCGUCUUUCUCUUCUUCGUCCUCUAUGUCCUCUUUUUCGCCUGCUUCUGCGUCUUCUUCCUCCUCUUCGGCUUCCACGUCUGCGCUAGCGGUGGCGCAGCCCGCGGGGGUUGCAGGGGAGGGCGCAUGGGCUCGCGGUCCCUCGCGACGGCUGUCGCUGGGCUCCUAUUCGACGUCGUCCUCUGCGUCGCCACGCCUCCAGCCGGCCGCCUCCGCGGACGCCUGGACGCGGUACGAAGUCGCACGCGACCACGCCCGGGGCGUCGCCAGGGCCUUCGCGACCGCGGAGACAGCUGCCGGAGACAGGAGAGUGUGGGGCGAUGGCGGCCACGCGGUCGACGAGGAGGAGCUGGCUGAGAUGCGCGAAGCAGGCGAGGGCGCAUGCAGCCUACGCGAGCUUCGGCUGAAAUACGGGAACAACCUCUGCUGGACGUCGCUCCUCACGUCGCUGUCGGCGUUUUGCAGUUUGCGGCUGCUUGAUUUGUCUUCGGCCUCGUCGACGUUUGGCACGGGGACGCGGUUUUUUCACCCGUCGGUCGCCUUCGCGUCACUGCCGGUUCAUGAGGAUCUCUCGUGGACGUUGCUCGCGCCGAAUCUCCGCGUCCUUCGCCUCACAUCCUCGCGCGGCAGCCUCUCUUCGCCGGCGACCUCCGACGUGAAAAAACUUCUGCGGCGCCUCGGUGAACAGCUGACGGGCCUCGCGGCCCGCGCGCCCAAGCUUCGUCUGGUGUACGUCCACCUGGCUGUCGACGCCUCAGGGUCGUGCCCUGCUUCGCCGUUCGGCGCGGCCUGCGAGUCUGCUUCGGGCGCGUGCCCGUCAGACAGAGAAAACAUGACGACCGAGGCGUCCGCGGAGCCUGAUGCGGCGGUUCAGGGCGCCGAGGGCGCUCUCGCGGCGCCUGCCUCCGCGCCUGCGGCGGACGUCUCGUUUCGCCUGUUCUUGGAGAGCCAGCGCCGACAACUCGCGCGCGAUGCGCAGGAACUCCGCCGCCAGCUGCGUAGCGAGGAAGCGAAGUGGGAUCUCGCCGCCGCGCAUCCUCGCAGGCGCUUCAGCUUCUGCGUGUGCGUGAGCUGCCAAGCCGUGGAGCCCCUGCUGGAGGGCAACCUUCUGCCGAUGAGCGCGCUGCUGCAGAGUGGAUCGCUCCCUGUGGGGCGGCAGGCGACCCCGGGCACCGCGACACGAAGAAACGCUCAGGACAGCGGAGAGUGCGCCUCGCCUGCGUCGAUGGCUAGGGGGGGCGGCGCUCUGGGGGGAGGCGAAGAGACAGUCUCCGCGACCGCGGCCGAGAAGCAGAGCGAGCAGGGGCUCGGUGACGCACCGGAUCCCCGCGCCUCAGGAGAAGUCGCAGCGGCCGCCCUUCAGGGAGGCACGCAGCAGCUGGACAGCGCGGAGCGCGAGGAGAGAGAGACGCCGACGUUCUUGGAGCUGUUCCCCGCCGCAGACGAGACGGAAGAAGAAGACGUCCGAGAUCUGUUUCUGCGAGACGAAGGGACCGACGGCGCCGCAGAAGACGACGGCGACAUUGUCGCCCGCGUCCGCACCUUCGCGCUGGCGGAUUGGCGCCGGCUGAAGGCCGCCUUCGAGGCGCUGCCUCCGCCCGACGCGGGCACAGAGAACGUUCAUCUGGUAAGAGGGCGGAGAGCGAAGGACCUCUAUGCACUCUGGAGAAUCUUCUAG